GAAACAAACACGCCCUAAAAGUAGAGAGAGAGAGAGAGAACCUCACCUCACCUCACCAGCUCCUCCUACUUCGCUCGCACCGGUUAACCCGCACGUGCCGUUGACCCCCUUACGACCCGAAGUAGAAGCUUCGAAAGCUAGCCCUAAUUUCCUUCUCUCUCUCUCCCCGACCUUUUUCUCUCUCUAGAAUUAAGCUCAGCUCGAUCACCGAGUGAUCUCACCCAAUUCACUUACUCCCAAUUCAAUUCGUCGAUCACGCACUCUCCGUUGAAUCAGAUAGAAACAGAACAGAAAAUUAGGGCUCUUUUUGGAUUGAGAACUGGGAUAUUGAUUUUCUGAACUUGUUAUGGGGUGGUGUUUCCGUAGUUAGUUGUGAGUUCUAGUUGUGAUGGUGGUGAGGGAUUGAGAAAUCAAAAUGCCAGCAAGUCGGCAUCCAUCGCGAUUAGACACUCUAGAACUGAAGCUCGAGAUCGAGAGGAAACUCGGGCAUGAGAAAUCGGAGAAGUACUUUAAUCUUUUGAGUAGAUUCUUGAACCUCAAGAUUAGCAAAUCGGAGUUUGAUAGAUACUGCAUUGGUACUGUUGGGAGAGAGAAUAUCUGCCUUCAUAAUCGACUUAUCCAAGCUAUUCUGAAAAAUGCAUCUGUCGCUAAGACUCCUCCACCGAAAGAAAGCAAAACGAGUGGUUUAUUGAAUGUUAAAGUCCCAAAUGGGUAUCAAAGGAGUAGUCUUCAGUCACUCUGUAGAGACGUGUUUCCACAGUCCCCCCGGAAGGGGAGGACUCCGAAUCUUCGUGACCGGAAGUUUAAGGACCGUCCGAGUCCUCUUGGGCUCCAUGGGAAGGCCCAUAGUACUGGAUGUGAAGAACCUGUUCCAAAAAUUCAAGAAAAGGAAAGAUCCACUGAGUUGCUUUCUUUGGGUAGCAGACCACCUCCUGAAGUAAACUCUGUGGAAGAUGGUGAAGAGGUUGAUCAGGAUAAUGACACACGAGACAUUUACAACAGAAGCCCCGUCAGAGCUCCAUUUGGAAUCUGCAUAAAUGGAAAAGAAACACGAAAAGUCCUACGUAACGGAUCAGCAACUUCAUUUUGCAAAGACUCCUGCCUCAGUAGUGGUGUGCUACCAGAUACCAAUUCUUUGAAGACCAGAUUGGAGCGGGAGUUGGAGACGAAGGGCUUAAAUAUUUCAGCAGAUUGCGUUAACCUUCUGAACAGUGGUUUGGAUGUUUACUUAAAGAGAUUGAUACAGCCAUGUUUGGCAUUAGCCAGUUCAAGGUCUGUAAAUAAGCCUCCAAGUGAAGUACGUAAUGAGGUGGUAUAUGGUUUGAACGGGACGAGGCCCGUGAGAUUUGUACAAAAACCAAACAGACCUGUUUUCGCGUCCUUGUUGGACUUUCGGGUAGCGAUGGAGUCAGAUCCUAGGAGGCUUGGUGAAGAUUGGCCUGUACAACUUGAGAAGAUUUGCUUUCACGCAUCAGAUCAAGAAUGAAGUGAAAUUUACAGUCACUGUUGCGCAAAUACGGGGGGACUGUAUAUGACUUCAUCAAAGUGAUAAUGUGUUAUUGUGAUUCUAGAAUCCAUCCUAACAGUGAUGUUUGACACCACAUUUUUUCAGCGUACUUGGUACGUGGUUGAAGCUGCGGACAAUUUUGGAUCAAGGCAAAUAGUCUGUAUAUAGUAUAGAUCUUAGUGCUGAUUAUUCCGUCAAUUGGACACGUUAGGUGGUAAAGUAUACAUGUGUCGACACUUGUAAAAAUCUAGCCACAACAAGUAGCUCAGUGGCCUCCUUCAAUUAGUAUCUAUAGUUUGUUCAUCUUAUUCACUUUUGUUAAUAAAGAUUGUCGUUGGAGUU